AUGGCCCGCAAGGGGUCUCAGGCACGUCCAACAGACGUGGAAGAUGGUGCGACAACAGUUACAGCGGGGAUGCCGGUGUAUCUGGAUCAGCACCCCAUUUCUCAUUACGAACCUAUGGGCCACACAGGUACAGCCUGGAUUGGCUUGCAUCGCCAAUAUUCAAGCCGGCAAUUGGCUGUGGUCCAGACAGUGUACCAAACUACAGCAUUGGACAUUCAGAGAUUUGUGCAGUUGGCUCAUCUUCACAUUGCCCGACCGAUAGCCCUAUAUUCAACUGGGGUAGAAAUGUAUGUCGCCUAUGAAUAUAUCGAGCUUGAUCUUUACGACCUGCUCCCCCUAUCUGAAACCGAAGUCGCCGCUAUUAUGUCUCAGAUAUUAGAUGCGGUUCAUUAUCUCAUUCAAAACCAAGUAGGAUUCCGCAUUGCAACGAUUCGUGUAUCAGCAAAGGGCUAUGUAAAGAUAGCUUCUAGUGCCCGAUUGGAGUUUUGA